AGAAGCAGAAGGAGGGUGUGCCAGACUUCAUCAUCCCCAACAGGUCCUCUGUGCUCCGGGAGUCCACGCAGCUGGUAACACACAACAAGCGAGGUAAAUUGACCUGCAGCACUCUUAAAGAUGGCAGCCGCUGAAGAAAUCAAAAUCAAGGAGAUUGACAAGCGGUCUUCUGGCCAGGCCUUUGAGGUCAUCCUGGCAGAUGCUGUCCCGAUGCCAAGUGAGUUCCCCCUGCCUCCUCCCAAGAAGAAGGAUCUCUCACUAGAGGAGAUACAGAGGAAGCUAUAUGCUGCAGAGGAGAGACGUAAGAACCAUGAGGCAGAGGUUCUGAAGCAAUUAGCUGAGAAGCGUGAGCAUGAAAAGGAAGUGCUAAAGAAAGCUCAGGAGGAGAACAACAACUACAGUAAGAGGGCAGAGGAGAAGCUUAAUCAGAAGAUGGAGGCCAACAAGGAGAACCGCACAGCAAUUAUGGCAGCAAUGAAUGAGAAAUUCAAGGAGAAGGACAAGAAGUUGGAGGAAGUGCGGAAGAACAAAGAGACCAAAGAUCCCUCCUCUGAAGAAGGCACUUCGCAAAAAUGAAAGUUACGAAGUGGAUUGUGUGUAUAGGGUUUUUUACGUAUCCAAAGAUUGAUUUAUUUUUAGUUUGGUCAGUAUUUCUUUGUGUUCAUUUC